AAGGAAAGGAGCUCUCAGCAGUGCCUGUCUUUGCAGCGUCUGCACUUUGCAAGUGCAGUUUAGCACUUGCUAGGUGUGGUGGUGCAGAAGCUGGCUGCAGCAGGGCUAGAGGACUCGCAAGAUGUUGGGCCUGGUGUGUCAGGCUCAGCCAUGGGGCAGUGGAAUCCAGGCUAAUAGAACCGAAAGGCGAAACUGGUCCAGGGACUGAAGAGAGAUGAGAGGCGGACUUGUGGAGGGGCAGGAGUUUCAUGGCUGCAAUUGGGUGGGCUGUCCGUGCAGGUGUUUUAUCUCAUGAAAUUUUGAGGUUGGCUAUACUGGAGAGGAAGGUGAUGAAGUGUCCCCGGAAGGAGGGAGGGUGACUUGGAGGCUCGGGGCGACAGCUGUGUGAUACACUGUGGUGGCUUGAGGGUCAGAAGUGGAUGAACGUUGCUUCUCUCUGCCUAGAACUCUGUGCUCUCUCUUCACUUACUCUUCUGCUCUCAGUGUAAGUGUUCCCUCGGAGCGCCAUCUCCAGGUCGCCAGUUACUUUCCGUCACAGCGGAGUAGAACUGGGACAGAGAAGAUGUAGGCCCUCUCCUCUUGUGGGUUCUGACUGCAGUGACAUGACUGUUAGAAUGCUGUCUUGGGGGUGGGGUGCAGCCCAGAGCUUCCCCUCCUCAGUGGCUGCCCUCCAGGGAUGGUCACUCUGCCCCAGAACCAUCCCUGCGUCUUGUCCACAAGCAAGCUUCUCACUUCCAGAGCCUAGAAACACUGUUACCCUGCUAAGAAUGGCUCUGUAACAGACACAUCGAGAUAAGGACCUCCCUUGUAUACUCCAGGAGUCACCAAAGAGGAAGACUCAUUGCUUCUUAAGUUCUUCCUCAGCCUCCACCAAAGAUCUCUUUUUUUUUUCUUCAGUGGAAACUUAGCACUUUGCAGUCCCAGGAGGUGACUCAGCUGGGUGUGUGAGACCUCAGCACCACUGAUCAGCCCUGCUGCUGUGCUGCACUGUUUUUCGGGGACAUCCAGGACAGAAGGAGCAGUUUCCACUGUUCAGCCAGCCCGAGCCUGCAUCCCUGUCUCCACGCUGGCCUGUUCCGCACACUGGACAGCAGAAGAGACAGGGGCUGUUCAUUCAAACAGUGGAUAUUUUCAUGGGCCUGAAGGGUAGAGGCCCCAUUUUAUGAAAGUCCACCUUCUCCCGUGCUCGUUAGUUACUGGUCAUUUUUCCAGUCUUUGGAUCUGCGUGUCACAAAUGCUUUCUUGACAUCACAGAGUAUAUAAAACAGUUCAACAGGGUGUGAGUUCUGACAUGUGAGGAUGUUGUCUUACUGCUUUAGAACUGUGGGGUUAUCGUGUAAUACACCAAGUCACAUGAUUGGACUGCAUGCAGGGGAAAAAAAACCUCAGCUUGGUUUCAUUGGCUCAAAUAUAGUUCAAGGCAACAGACACCAAGUUGUGAUGAGGAAGUAGUGCUCGGUAUAGGAAACAGGAGCUGGGAGAGAUAGUUUACUGGUGUGUGGAACUGGCUUCCUAUGCUCUGAUAAGUGGGUUAAAAUAACAGUGGAAGCACAGGAGAGUCUUGGCUCUUGGGUGGGGAGAGAGGGAAUGUGAAGACACCUCAGGCCGAGCACUGGGAGAAUCAGCUUGCCUUUGCAGAGUAAGCCUGUGUACGUGGAGACUGAGAGGAGUGGAAGUUGGAGAGAAGAGGGCCUGGUACCCUAAACCAGUGUCACAGGGCAACAUGGCCAAUGCCCUGGCCAGCGCCACUUGUGAGCGCUGCAAGGGGGGCUUUGCGCCUGCCGAGAAGAUCGUGAACAGCAACGGCGAGCUGUACCAUGAGCAGUGCUUCGUGUGCGCCCAGUGCUUCCAGCAGUUCCCGGAGGGGCUGUUCUAUGAGUUUGAAGGAAGAAAGUAUUGUGAACAUGAUUUUCAGAUGCUCUUUGCUCCUUGCUGUCAUCAAUGUGGUGAAUUCAUCAUCGGCCGAGUUAUCAAGGCCAUGAAUAACAGCUGGCAUCCUGAGUGCUUCCGCUGUGACCUCUGCCAGGAAGUUCUGGCAGAUAUUGGCUUUGUCAAGAAUGCCGGGAGACACCUGUGUCGUCCCUGUCAUAACCGUGAGAAAGCCCGAGGCCUUGGAAAGUAUAUCUGCCAGAAGUGCCAUGCCAUCAUUGACGAACAGCCUCUGAUAUUCAAGAACGACCCUUACCACCCAGACCACUUCAACUGCGCCAACUGCGGGAAGGAGCUGACCGCUGACGCCCGGGAGCUGAAAGGGGAACUGUACUGCUUGCCUUGCCAUGAUAAGAUGGGGGUCCCCAUCUGUGGUGCCUGCCGACGGCCCAUCGAAGGGCGUGUGGUGAAUGCCAUGGGCAAGCAGUGGCAUGUGGAGCAUUUUGUUUGUGCCAAGUGUGAGAAACCGUUUCUUGGACAUCGCCAUUAUGAGAGGAAAGGGCUGGCAUAUUGUGAAACGCACUAUAACCAGUUAUUUGGUGAUGUUUGUUUCCACUGCAACCGUGUUAUAGAAGGCGAUGUGGUCUCUGCUCUUAACAAGGCCUGGUGCGUGAACUGCUUUGCCUGUUCCACCUGCAACACUAAGCUAACACUCAAGGAUAAAUUUGUUGAAAUUGAUCUAAAGCCAGUCUGCAAACACUGUUAUGAGAAAAUGCCAGAAGAAUUUAAGAGGCGACUUGCCAGACGGGAGAGAGAAGCAAAGGAUAAGGACAAGCAGAAAAAGAAAAAGCCAGUCUGUUUGUAAACUUUUCUAUCCCUUCUGUCAUCAUUUUUGCUACUUUCCUCUUUGGAAUAAAUUUGUGGAGUUUGACAUGAAGCCAGUCUGCAAGAAGUGCUAUGAGAAAUUUCCACUGGAACUCAAGAAAAGACUUAAGAAACUAGCUGAAACCUUAGGAAGGAAGUAACUUCCUUGAUUUUAUUUUUUCUCUUCUAUGCAAAGAUAAAAGAUUACUAACAUGACUUAACUUGAUCUGCCCUUACUUAAAGCUAUAGCUCUGAGCAGUUGAGAGUGAAGAACACUUAUAUGAAUGAUUCUCAUCUCUUUUUUUCUGAUUAAAAAAAGUUAUAUUUAAAUGCUGAUGAAAUCAAGAUCUGCCUUUGUUAACUGUUGUCAGUGUUGACUUGUAGAUGAUACAUGAUCAAAUGUUAAAUUUCAGUUUAGGACCACCAAAUUAAAUAUAAUUUUUUAAAUGAAAGAAAUCAGUUUUUAUAUAUCCAGAUAAAAAAUAAUAUAAGCAUUUUACUUUGUAUUAAAAAGAAAAUUACUUCCAACUGCUUUUGGGGAAGAUAGAAGGAAGAAUAAUGAACCAAGAAAAAUGAGUCCUAAACAGUCUCAGUGUGUGUAGUUUAUCGGACCAGUAGCUGUAACAAUGAAUGCAUACAUUACUAAGGAAAGAAAAAAGGUGUGUUCAGAACUACUUGAUUCUAUUCUUUUGUUACAUGGAGUAAUUAUUAUGCUUAGUUUUAUAUUUUGUUCUUGUGAACCUCACCUUUGUAUGAUUACUUAGCACAUUAGUUAUAGCUAGCCAUCAGUAUGUCUUUGAGAAUUUUGUGCAAAAAAAUUAUACAAGGCCUUUGAAAAUACUGCUUCCUUUACAAUAUUGGAAAAAUUAAGUAUUUUUUAAUGUAUUACAGCAAUUGUACGUCUAAGUUUAACGUCAAACAUGUAGUCUUAGAAUAGGACAUGGAAUUAAAUUUUAUGUGGCUUGUAAUGUGUCACCUGGAGGAGGUAGAUGAUAUGUAUGUAUUGGUCAUGUUGCUUUUGUAACCGUGCUAACAUGUAUGCUUUAUAUAUGUAAUCAGUCUUGCUUUGCCUUAAAAAAUGCAUACUUUAAUCAGGAAUUCUAGCUGUUUCCUACAAUGCCAACUAAAAAUUAAGUGCACUGGUGAGAUCUGUAGACCCAAAUUCAUUUAUCGCAGCUGUCAUAAAAAUAUGAAAAUGUUUUUCCUGUUUCUUGGGGAAACACAUUGAAAUUAAUUCCUAUCGUCUCAGUGGAUGAAAGUGAUGCUGAUAUGUGUUUUAGGUUUUCCGUUUCAAAUAUCAUGACUCAUUGGAUUUUAUUUGCUGUAACUGGGAGAUAUAAAUGCCACUUAUUAAUGGAAGCAGGAUGUUAAGUCUGAUUGUCGGUCAGAACUAGGGAACGACCCUGUUGUAUAAAUGGCUGAUCCUGAAGCGUCUGGACAUUCUUUCUGGGCAACUUGUCAGCAAAGCUUCAUGAACAUUUCGAAGUGUUGCUGCUGCUGCUGUUUAAGCAGAAAGUUGCUGAGAGAGACUUUUAAGGGAAAUUUUUUUUCCAAAAAUCACAGAAACCUUGUUUUGCCAUUAAAGAAAAAUCUCAGGAUGCUAAUACUCUGCCAUUAAAAUACAUGUAUGCAUGCUUUUAAAAAAUAUUUGUGCGUGUGCUUUUCAGAUUAAAUUCUAUUUUUAUUUUCUGAAAACAUAACCAAUUACAUUAUUUUUUUCGUGUUCUUUUAGAGUUAAAAGAACUGUCAUAGGUGAUUGAAAAUAAACAAUAUAUAGUCUAAGAAUGUAUGUGUAAUUUAGAAUGGUCAUUUGACAGUAAAAAGCAAAAACCUUCCAGUGUGCCUUUGUCAGCUAAUAUGACCAACCAGCAUUGAACACCUUUAAAGUAUUUAUUAAAUAUUAUACCCUGGGUAUAGGCAAAAUAGGACAGGGUUUGCCAGUACUGGGUCAUGACAUUAAAUUCUUAUAUAACCCUAUACCGAAACCAGAAGCACUUACAUGAAUUCCAAGUACUGCAGCAAAGCAAGCAUUUACAUUUAUGCUUAAUGAAGAUGCCUGGGCUGAACCCAUCUGCCUUAUGCAGCCCAGCAUCUCCUGUAGCCAGGAGUCCCACUGCUGUCUUUGCUCAGUGCUGUUUCCUGACAGCUGGCCUCGGAGGCCUGGGACACCCGCGGAGAGUAACCUCGUACGGUGCUCUCUUGUAGGGGUAUCAUUGGAGCCAUUGUACAUGGGAAAGAAGAAGGGGAAAAGGUCUAUACGAAAUGGAAGACGAACUUGGUCUAGACCAUAGUAUGUACCAUGGAGUGUACCCUGGCUACUGACAACCCCAGGCCAGUCAACAUCUCUUUAUUUAAAGUCCUACAGGACAGUCUGAAGCAAUUCGUUGUUCUUACCCAGUUGUUAAGUACUCUUGUUCUUAGGAAGCCUGGGGUAGUCAGGGAAAUUGGUACAAGAAAGCCUUAGUAACCCUCAGCCAAAGUCGUACAUCAUUUUGCUUCACCAACUUGCCAAAUAGCCAUUUCCAAGUGAAGGAAAAUUUAAGGUCAGCAUACAGCGUUCUUGGGUUUCAUUUUAUAUUGUAAGCCCAAUGCAGGGAACUACAUCAACCGUUACAAUAUACUCUUGGUGCUUAAUAAAUGUUCAUAAUUAUUAACAAUAA